GACAGCCAGCAUUUCUCCAGUCAUCUUCAGCCAUGGUUCUAAAUGAACGCUGUCUACUCCACCGGCACACCACAAAACCUAGAGGACAGACUUUUUAAGCCUUUAAUAAUGAAACGAGGAAGGACAGGUCUCAAACCAAAGGUGUUCCCCUCCCACGAGGAGAGGGCCAAGAGACAGAAGUGGGGGGCGUCCAGCUACGCCCUGUCUCCAGCAGAGGACUGGGGUAACCUGCCCCACCAUGUCGUCCUGCAGAUCUUCCAGCAUCUGUCCCUCAUAGACAGGGCCAGGGCCUCAUCUGUGUGUCGCCGCUGGAAUGACGUCUUUCACACCCCCGACCUGUGGAGGAGGUUUGAGUUUGAGCUCAAUCAGCCGGCAACAUCUUACCUGCGCUCCACUCACCCUGACCUAAUUCAGCAGAUCAUCAAGAAGCACGCCCAGCACCUGCAGUACGUUAGCUUUAAGGUGGACAGCUGCAUAGAAUCUGCAGAGGCGGCCUGUGACAUUCUCUCCCAGCUGGUGAACUGUACCAUUAAGACCCUAGGGCUGAUUUCCACAGCACGGCCGAGCUUCAUGGAUGUGUCUCAGGACCACUUUGUGUCUGCACUGACAGUGGUGUUUGUCAACUCCAAGUCCCUGUCCUCUAUCAAGAUUGAUGACACCCCAGUGGACGACCCGUCCCUGAAGGUGCUGGUUGCCAACAACAGUGACACUCUUAAGCUGCUGAAGAUGAGCAGCUGUCCUCAUGUCUCCCCAGCAGGUAUCCUGUGUGUGGCAGACCAGUGCCAUGGUCUCAGGGAGCUGGCGCUGAACUACCACCUCCUGAGUGAUGAGCUCCUGCUUGCCCUCUCCUCUGAAAAGCACGUCCACUUGGAGCACCUGCGCAUUGAUGUGGCGAGCGAAAACCCCGGCCAGGCCCACUUUCACACCAUCAAGAGGAGCAGCUGGGAGGCCUUGGUCCGACACUCACCCAAGGUCAACAUCGUCAUGUACUUCUUCCUCUAUGAGGAGGAGUUUGAGCCCUUCUUCCGUGAGGAGACACCCGUCACCCACCUGUACUUUGGCCGGGCGGUGAGCAAAGAGAUGCUGGGCCGCAUUGGACUGAACUGCCCUCGGCUGGUGGAGCUGGUGGUGUGCGCCAACGGCCUCGAGCCCCUGGAUGAGGAGCUGAUCCGUAUCGCCGAACGCUGCAAAAGCUUGACGGCCAUCGGGCUGGGCGAGUGUGAGGUGACCUGCAGCGGUUUUGUGGAGUUUGUGAAGAUGUGCGGGGGCAGGCUGACUCAGCUGUCAAUCAUGGAGGAGGUGCUGAUCCCAGACAGCAGCUACAACAUGGAGCAGAUCCACAGCGAAGUGUCCAAGCACCUGGGCCGGAUGUGGUUCCCUGAUAUGAUGCCCACCUGGUAG